AUGUCUUUGAAUUCUUAUGAAUAAUAAUUGGAUUUAGACGAUUCCUGUGAAUCUCCUUUCUCAUAAUCACCAAAAUCCAAAAGAAUAAAGAAGUUUGAAUUGAUUUCCCCUAAAAAAAAUGUUGGUCAUUGGACAAAGGAAGAACAUGAAAAAUAUUUAUACUUCUUAGAGGAACAUUCUGACAUAAAGAAAAAUAAUAAAAUAUUUAAAUCAAUGAGUGAGGUUAUUGGAACUCGAUCACCAAGUCAAUGCAGGUAUUUUCAUUAUUAAUAUUAGAUCACAUCAUUAAAAGUUUAACCCCUUAUCACCAUUAGUACAGAGAAAGACUCAAAAAGUGUAAAAACAAACUAUGUCAACUUUAUAAGAUGAUUUGAACUUGUAAAUAGAGGAAGAAUCUCUCAAUCGAAAUAUGGUCAAACUUAUGAUUUUCGAUGAAGAUGAUUAAGUCUGCUAACUUCCAUAAUUUAAUUUGGAUGAUUUCUUUUGA